AUGACAGCCAGAGAAUACUACGACAGCUUCAACCCGGCGGCACAACACCCGAACUACCCUCCUCCUCAGUAUCAGCCUCUCCCCACCGAGCAGCAGAACAUUGUUCAAACAGUACCGCAACAGCAGCUACCAUUCCCAGAUUAUAAAGCGGGAUAUCCAGGAUAUCCACAUCCUUCCGAAGUAGUCCAUCAAAGCCAGCUACAGCCACAACAAUACCACUCCCCUCAACAGCAAUACCAACAAACCCAAUCUCCACAACCUCAACAUAACCAACCCUACGUCCAAACUCCACAAUCAGAUGCUCGCCAUCCACGCCCUCCCUACCCCACAGACCGGCUCCACCACCUUCGCCCCGAACGCUCGUAUUCCGAACCCCCCACUUCACAUCUCCACCCUCAAGACGCACACUCUCACCACCACCAUCAUCAUAGACGACACUCACGCUCUUCCUCUCACUCCCACUCAGGAUCGCGCUCUCGAUCCCGAUCAGGCCAACGCUCCCGUCGACGGUCCACCUCACGCUCUAGACCGCGAAGCAGCCAGACCGAGACCCGGCACAAAGGCAGGAAUACAUUCUUCGGUGCUUUUGGAGGCGGAUUGCUAGGCGAUGCUAUCUUCCCUGGGUUGGGAACGGUAGGAGGUGCGAUUUUGGGAGGUGUGAUGGGGAAGGAGAGUGCGAAGGGCAAGAGGCCGAGGAGUCAUAGGAGGAGUUAUGAGGAGGAGUGGGAGGAGGGGAGGAGGAGGCGGGGAGAGGACUAUUAG